AAACAAUCAAACCCACUUUAUAAAAAGUUGAAUUGAGAUAGGUGAAGAGAAUGGGAAGAAAAAGAAAAUCUAUAGAUAUUGAAGAGGGUUGUGGGAUUGAAGGAAAACUUGAAUGGGAUGAUGAUCAAAUGAAGGUGGCAGCCGGCGGCGGAUCCCGACGAGCCCAGAAACGAUUUGUGGGUGUCCGGCAGCGGCCUUCCGGGAGAUGGGUGGCUGAGAUUAAGGACACAAUUCAAAAAGUAAGGGUCUGGUUAGGAACUUUUGACACGGCUGAAGAAGCAGCAAGAGCUUAUGAUGAAGCUGCUUGUUUGCUUAGAGGCUCCAACACUCGUACUAAUUUCUGGCCUUCUAAUUCUGAUUUCUCUUCCUCAAGAAUCACUAAUCUUGUUCUUCACAGGCUUAAAGCCAGAAACAACUCUAUCCCUUCUUCUUCUUCAUCUUGUAUGCCCAUUAAUCAUCAUCAUGAAGAUGAAGAGUCUGCAACAGAUCAAACCCAAAUAGCCAACUUUUCCGAUUUAGAGUUUCUUCUAAACAAUGAUCAAGAGGACUUCACUAAAACUGACGAUCAAGAUCAAGAUCAAGAAGUAGAAUCAGAGGAAUUAGUUAACAUGAGUUUGUUGGAAGAGGGUUUGGAUUAUGAAAAUAUUACAGAUGAUUUAAUAAUGGGGUCAACAUCAUCUCCAAGUAUUUAUUUUCCAUUUGAGAUUGCUGAUGAUCCAAUAAUAAUAGAUGAUGAGAAGACAGAGCUUGGAGAUGGAGAUGCAAUGGAGAGGAUGAGAUCAUAUGAGAGGAAGUUCUCUGCUUCUCUCUAUGCCUUUAAUGGUAUACAUGAAUGUCUACUCAAGUUAAAAGAUCCUGAUGCAGGAUCUGUAAUAGAGAAUGGGAACAGAAAGGUAGAGAUGAGCGGGAGAUUACAGUCUGAUGAUAACUUGAUUACCAGUUUAUGGAAAGCUUGCAGGAAGAAUAAUAACACAGUUGAGAUGGAGGAGGAGAAGAAGAAAUUAGAGAGCGAUGAAACUGUGGGAAGAAGAGAGGAAUUAGAGACGGUUGUGGGAGAUAAUACUAAUUUUUCAGUUGCAGGAACUGGAAGUGAUGAAGAAGAAGAUGAUGAUGAUUCUGACGAUUCUUCGCUCUGGAAUUCUCUUGAUCUUCAACCUAUCUGUUUUGUCAACUGAUCAUACUGAGAAACAUUUCUAUUUUAUUUUCGUCACAAUCAUUUAUUUUCAUAAUUCUAAAAA